ACUCUAUCAGUUCCACCUUAAACCCUAACCCCGCCACCGCCUCCCACAAAGCUCCGCCGUCCCCCUCCGUUCCGGGAAUCGCCGGAACGACGACAUUCCUCCAUUUCCAUUUCCACCGCCAUUUGUGGAUCGGCAGCUUAUUAACUAUUAAUGGCGCACAUCUCUUUGUCAAAGCUUCACCAUUCAUACCCCAACUCUCUCCCCGGAAGCUCCACUCGCUUGUGCCUCAACCUCCUCCGUUUCUGCUCCUCCUCAACCGAUGAGCCACCGGCCGCCUCUGUCAGUGUCGCGGACCCUGGCCCGACGCCAGCACCGGAGUCCGAACCGGCAGCUGCGCCUGGACCAGCUCGGGAGGCCCCGAUGCAGCGACCUCUUCGAGGUAAGCCCCGACCUCCUGAGAAACUCGAGGAUGUGAUAUGCCGCAUGAUGGCGAAUAGGGCCUGGACCACCCGUUUGCAGAACUCGAUCCGGUCGAUAGUGCCCGAGUUCGACCACUCCCUGGUGUACAACGUACUGCACGGGGCCCGUAAGCCCGAUCACGCGCUACAGUUCUUCCGGUGGGUCGAGCGGUCUGGCCUGUUCCGGCACGACCGGGAGACUCACUUGAAGAUCAUGGAGAUUCUUGGCAGGGCCAAGAUGCUCAACCACGCCCGGUGCAUCCUGCUCGACAUGCCCCAGAAGGGCUUGCAGUGGGACGAGGACAUGUUUGUAGUCCUGAUCGAGAGCUACGGAAGAGCCGGGAUAGUUCAGGAAGCGGUGAAGUUGUUCUUAAAGAUGAAGGAGUUGGGUGUAGAGAGGACCAUUAAGAGCUAUGAUAUGGUGUUCAAGGUGAUCUUGAGGCGGGGCCGGUAUAUGAUGGCUAAGAGGUACUUCAAUGCUAUGUUGGAUGAAGGAAUCGAGCCCACUCGCCACACUUACAAUAUCAUGAUCUGGGGGUUCUUUCUGUCUUUGAGGCUUGAGACUGCUCUCCGGUUUUUCGAGGACAUGAAGAGCAGAGGGAUUUCUCCCGACGUGGUUACUUAUGAUACGAUGAUUAAUGGGUUUAUCCGGUUCAAGAAGAUGGAUGAGGCGGAGAAGUCGUUUACGGAGAUGAAAGGGAAGAAUAUUACCCCUAAUGUCAUCAGUUACACUACAAUGAUCAAAGGGUAUGUCUCAGUGGGUCAGGUCGAUGAUGGGCUGAGAGUGCUUGAGGAGAUGAGGUCGCUCGGGAUUAAGCCCAAUGCAGUCACCUACUCCACUCUGUUGCCUGGACUCUGUGAAGCAGAGAAAAUGGCAGAGGCACGAAGUAUUCUGGAUGAGAUGGUGAAUAGGUACAUUGCUCCAAAAGAUAACUCGAUAUUUGAGAAGUUGUUAACUUGCCAGUGCAAGUCAGGUGAUCUGGAUGCGGCUGUCGAUGUUCUCAAGGGGAUGAUUCGACUUAGCAUUCCUACGGAAGCGGGACAUUAUGGGAUCUUAAUUGAGAACUUGUGCAAGCACGGGGUGUAUGAUAGAGCGAUUAACUUAUUGGAUAAGCUCAUGGAGAAGGAUAUUAUUUUGAGGCCGCAGAGUACGCUCGAUAUGCAGCCUGAAGCUUAUAACCGAAUGAUUGAAUACCUCUGCAACAAUGGGCAAACAGGAAAAGCUGAGAUCUUUUUCCGGCAGUUGAUGAAGAAGGGUGUUCAAGAUUCUGAGGCCUUCAAUAAUUUAAUCCGCGGUCACUCUAAAGAAGGGAGUCCCGAGCCUGCUUUCGAGAUCUUGAAGAUCAUGGACCGGAGAGGGGUGCCUAGGGGCACGGAUUCUUAUAGACUGCUUAUAGAGAGUUGCUUGAGGAAAGGAGAACCAGCUGAUGCGAAAACAGCUCUUGAUAGUAUGAUGGAGAGUGGGCACCUUCCUGAUUCAUCCCUCUUUAGGUCUGUGAUGCAGAGCCUCUUCGAGGACGGGAGGGUUCAGACCGCGAGCAGGGUGAUGAAGGCCAUGGUGGAGAAAGGCGUGCUGGAGAACAUGGACUUGGUUGCAAAGAUCCUUACGGCUCUCCUCAUGAGAGGCCAUGUGGAGGAAGCUCUCGGGAGAAUUGACCUAUUGAUGCAAAGCGGGAUUGCCCCUGAUUUCGAUAGCCUUCUAUCUCACCUCUGUGAGAAGGGGAAGACUAUUGCGUCGCUCAAGCUGUUAGAUUUCAGUUUGGAGAGGGACUGUUCAAUUGAGAUUUCAAGCUAUGAAAAGGUCCUCGAUGGUCUUCUAACUGCGGGAAAGACUCUCAACGCGUACUCCAUCCUGUGCAAGUUGAUGGAGAAAGGUGGGGUCACGGACUGGAGCAAUUGCAAGGAUUUGAUCAAGAGCCUUAAUCAGGAAGGGUACACGAAGCAAGCCGAUGUUAUCUCGAGAAUGAGGGGAGGUGAAAAAUCCCGUGUUAGCAAGAAGGGAAAGAAAGAAUCCCCUGUUGGAGCUUGAUUUCCGGCUUUUAUUUUACGUGGUUAAUUGAUGAAAAUCAGUUUUUUUGUUGAUUCCUAUAGAGUACGCUGCCGAUGAUCUUCAUGUUGAUCCCAAAUAAAGUUACCAUAGGCUUGCAAGUAGUCAUCGCCUCAUCGGUUGAUUCGAACUCAAGCUUUGCAGCUUCUCAAAUGAUCACUUUUGAGUUUUGUGCCUUUUCAGUAAUUGAGCUCUGUAACUCAAUUCAGCCCAUGUAUUUGAUUUUCACCUGUAAUUGACCAAUUGUGGCAAGUCAUAAUCAUCAUUCCUUGCAGGUU